GGGAAUGACCGUCAAUGCACAAUUUUGUAAUCCUGGUCCCUCCGUCUUCCUUUCUCCCCCAGACAACUCUUCCUCUCUCCCUCCCCUUUAUCAGAUAACCCCAAUUCCACCCCCAUUGUACCCCCGUGAGAAUGCCAAAGUCACGUCAAUCCAAUGAGAACACUUCGAGACUCGAUGGCCCCGACAGGGUGAAUCGCUCGAAGCGUGGCCUAACUUGUGCCAAUUGCCGAGUGAGAAAGACUCGAUGCGAUGGCACCCAGCCUGGAUGUAAGACCUGCGAGGUCUACGGCGUGGAGUGUCGCUAUGAAAAAGCCCCACCCAUGUCGCAGAUCCUUGCAAUGGCCAAGAGAUUGCAGGAGACCGAGCAAACGAUCACCGAGCUCCGCACUGCGUUGCACGAGGCGAGAGGAGCAAAUUUGGUGCAACCUCCAUUCCCAAUAGAGAGACAGAUCCCGAAUACUCCCUCGGUCGAUGCCGGUUUCGAUGAUGUUUCGCACGCGGAAGCGAGUUCAUCAACACUGGUGGCUCCCGAUUCUGAGCCGGGGUCCGAUCAAGUAUUGCUUUCGGACCUCAGUCUCGAUGAAAAUGGAAAGCUUUGCUAUUAUGGCCCUACAUCUGCCGUCCAUGCGCCGCCACCGGCAGAAUCAACAAAUGUCCAUGACUCAUAUUCGUCAAUGUCGGACGCUCGGUCCUUGCUCACUUCAACGGCUCUCGAAUCAAGGACAUGGGAAGAGUUCGCCCUCGGGAACGCGGCAAUUCAAACGGACGUCCCUCGGCAUAUGAUAUCAAAGCUCCUUCAGACCCAUUGGACGUGGAUCGCGCCGAUGUUCAACUGGGUGUACCGCCCCGCAUUCAUGCGAGAUAUGGCAAUCAGUGGACCCUGUUAUUCUCCCUUUCUACUCAUCGUCAUGUGUGCCCACGCUGCGCGCUUUGAUGAUCGCCAGACAAGCGAGCUCUUAAUCUCCAGAGCACGCCUGCUCCUGGGCACCGAAAUACAUAAUCCCAGCAGCAUUCCGACGGCCCAAGGUCUCCUUCAGCUCAGCGCUCGCGAACUUGCAUGGGGAUCCAUAUCUCAGGCUUGGCUGUACAGCGGGAUGGCCUUUCGCAUGGUCAGCGACCUGGGGCUCCAUCACAAUACGACCAAGAUUGCAACGCUUGGGCACCUAACAGCGGAAGACUUGGAGAUCCGUCGACGCCUUUUUUGGAGCUGCUACUUCUGGGAUAAGGCGAUAAGCCUGUUCCUUGGACGCAUGCCCAUUCUGCAAGAACUACCCUUCGAUCGGUGUCCCGAGCUGUUGGAUGAUUCUGCAGAGAAUGACCUAUGGGUCCCGUACUAUGGUGAUCAACUCAGUCCUGACAAGGCUUCCCCGGGAGGAUAUCCCCCCAUGAAAUCCCAUUUGGUUUCGAGUUUUCAAAACGUAUGCAAACUUGCUGUCAUCCUGAAUGACAUCAUCCUCCAGUUAUAUUCCCGACGCGGCAUCCUCAACAUGGACGAGGCGUUGAAUAGAAUCCGAGGCAGACUCGACCAGUGGAGGGAACAGUCGCCGGCACAUCUAAGAUAUGACGCGGAUCAUCUACCCCAAAUAUGUCCCCCGCCUCAUAUCCUCACGCAAAAUCUCUUGUAUUAUGCAACCAUCAUUCUUCUACAUCGACCAUUUUAUUCCAUCCCUGGACACCAUGCUGCUUGCCGUGCGGCUUCAGAUAGCAUCGAGAAGCUCGUGCUUCUCUUCGAGAGAAACUUUGGGUUCACUCGGAUUACCUAUCUGAUGUCCUAUUGCAUCUACACCGGGGCAUCGGUCCUGAUGCAAGAUAUCAAGAAGGGCGACUUCGACGCCCAAGUCAAAAUCCAGACAUUCCUUCAGGCCCUAAGACAGGGAACUACGACGUGCCCGAUUGUACAGCGGAGCCUCCACAUAAUCACCAAUAGCCUGAGGACCGGUGCAACAGCUCUCUCAGACGCCCAACCGACGUGUGCCCCCACCGGACAGACCCGGAACUACCUCCCCGCUUUCCCCUACCCAGACCUCGACCUAGGUUACGGUACCUACGUGACUCGUGGAAAUCCAGAUCUUGACGGCUUUACUCUACUGGACUGCUUUCCUGAAACUCAAUAUGGGAUUAUUGACUCCGCGGGAGAAUGUUUCCUUCCCACACUGUAAUCCUUACGUAUUAUAGGAUCGGAAACAAGUAACUCUCCAAAGCUCACUGUA